GCGAGAGAAGAGGAUGACUAUAAAACGAGCAUCCCUCCCGGCUUAUCCGCUUGUCUACUCACCAAACAAACACACUCGGGAGCACACACACACACACAGAGGAGAACAAUAUCGACUCAACAGCGCGAAUACACUCAGCACCGCCGCUGUCGCUGCCACAACUAUUACAGCAUCAGUCGCUCCGCACACUGCAGCACGAGCCAAACGGACUUGUCUCCACAGUAACUGGACAAAAAAUGAGAUAUUGAUGUACCAUAUUCGUAGGCAUCGUUAUUUUCAUCACAGAAACUGCGAACAUUACUCUGCAUUAUUUUAAUGCAACUGGAACCGAACAGGCUACCUACUGAAUACAGAAAGCGUAAAGUCUGGGACAUUUUGUAAUCAUUUUUUAAAGGAGACGGGGGAAAACGAAGAACCGCUAAACCGGUCCACUGCAGCAGAUCUACAGCUACAGGCACUUCAGUGAGCAGCAGAACGUUGAACACUUCCAUUCCCAGCUGCAGCCAUGGACGAGAUGGACCUGCCCCAGAUGAAAAAGGAGGUGGAGAGCCUCAAAUACCAGCUGGCCUUUAAGCGAGAGAAGUCCUCCAAAACCGUCACAGACUUGGUGAAGUGGAUCGAAGACGGUGUGCCGGAGGACCCUUUCCUGAACCCAGAGCUGAUGAAGAACAACCCCUGGGUGGAGAAGGGCAAGUGUGUCAUCCUUUAACGGGGUGGGGGCUGCGCCACCUUCUGCCACCAACCACACCGCACUGCACCCCCACCGAAGGACAACUCCCCACCCCUUCUCUCACGGUGAACGUACGCCAGACAGUGCAGAACAACGAGGAAGGCUGGCCAUGACUCCUGCACGGUCGCCGUACAAGCUGGCGACAACACUCGCGGGCACCCUCUGUAUGUCCAUAUACCCACACACGGUCUCUAUAUGCAGUUCAUAGUUCUAUCAAGCAAAAACUUUGAUUGGUCAGUUGUUGUCGUUGUUGCUGCUGCCUGCGCAUUUUAACCUAAGAGGCCAAGAUAUAUAUGUAUAUAUAUAGCAGAAACCACUCAUUGCCAGCCACAGAUCGCUAUUCCUCAGAAAGACUGUCAGGACUACUGCUUCUGUUAUUUGUUAAAGAGGGAAGAGGGAAGAAGACUGGUUCAAAUGACUGAAGCAGACCUCUAAUGUAACCCAAAGAGGCUGUCUGGUUCAGUGACGGCACAACCAUUCUUAUUCUCGGUCAUAUACAGUUUAAGGCAAAAGCCACUAUGCAGUUGUACACAGUUACAUAACUUUAUUUUUGCGCAAAGGUUUCAAGCAGCAUUGUUUUCCAUGCAUGUCUGUAGUGAACAGAAACAACUCAUACCUUGUCAUUCUGUUUCAAUCCUCAGCGAUUUUAAUCGCCUCAACAUGUAUCCACCUCCAUGGUUUUAAUGCAGUCCUAAUCUUUUUCCUGCAGUCUACUCAUGACUGCACACAGCAUACCCAUCGGAACAUGAUCGAUUACACACCUACAGGCAUUGGCCCAUUUUAUUUAUUGACUUAUUUUUAUUUAUUUGUCUAUUUGUGUUAUUUAUUGAAUCAAGCCAUCAUGCAUGGCCACAAUCCACUGUUAGAAGCUGCGAUGAACCUGUUCCUCGUCAUUCCCCAAAAAAACACAACAGUGGAGAAACACCAUUGGAUCAUCAUCAGAUACUGCCUUGUACACUGUUUCCUUAAAAAGAAUGUAUUUUUUGUUGCUGGAGGUCACUCAGCCAUUGACACCCUCAUGAAAAAUGCAUGCUAAAAUGCAAAAUCCAUAACUAACAUUUAAAAACAAUGAAUUAA